AUGGAAAUAGUGUACAAGCCAUUGGACAUACGUAACGAAGAGCAGUUUGCUAGUAUCAAAAGGCUAAUAGAUGCGGAUCUAUCAGAACCGUACUCGAUAUACGUAUAUAGGUAUUUCUUGAACCAAUGGCCCGAAUUGACGUACAUUGCCGUGGACAACAAGAGUGGAACUCCCAACAUACCUAUUGGGUGCAUUGUGUGUAAGAUGGACCCGCACAGAAACGUCAGACUGAGAGGAUACAUAGGAAUGCUCGCCGUGGAGUCCACAUACCGCGGACAUGGCAUAGCAAAGAAACUGGUGGAGAUUGCCAUUGAUAAGAUGCAAAGGGCACACUGCGAUGAGAUCAUGCUAGAGACAGAGGUAGAAAAUUUGGCGGCUCUAAACUUAUAUGAAGGAAUGGGAUUCAUCAGGAUGAAACGGAUGUUUCGUUACUACUUGAACGAAGGGGACGCUUUUAAACUGAUAUUGCCGUUGACUGAAAGGAGCUGUACUCGAUCUACGUUCCUAAUGCAUGGCCGGAUGGCCACAUAA